AUGGCCUGCCCCAUCAGCGUCAGCAAGUUUGUGGGCACUGUCUCCCUCGGUCUUCUUACUGGCCUGUCCUACUCCACAUCAUCCAUUACAAUCCCAGCUCUGCAGCUACUUCCAACUGCGACAACCGCCGCCCGCUCCCUGAACGAAGUGAAGCGCCUUACUCGCCGAUAUGCCCUGCGCCUCUCCUUCCUGGCCAAUUCCUGCUUCUGUUUCGCAUGGUGUCUCUCAUCUCCACGUCGGCGACACCCAUACAUGGUCUGGCUGUGGGCGUUCUCUACAAUCAGUGCCCACGGUGUUGAUUUCUGGUUCAACCGUCACCUCGGCUUCAAGAACUGGGCCUCGGCUGUGAUCCGCGACGUUUCCCACUUCUCCCUAAUUCGGGACUCCAACACAAAUAAGGAUGAGGACCUUGUUGUGGUUGAGGCACAUGACGAUGUGAACGGUGAGACCGUUCAGCGCGAGAUGGACCGGGAGCGCCGGCUCCACCGAGCGCGCACUUGGUUGUCUUGUAUUGCACUUUCGAUUGGCAUUGUUGGCCUUUGGGGUGACAAGAGGUGA